CAAGUUUUCUUUCAUAUGGACUAUUACCAUCUGCUGGCAGUAGUGAAAAUUGCAAUUAAUUAUUUUAAGCUGAAGUACAUCUUUUCAAUUGUGAGCUCAGAAGAUAAAAUAACAGUCCACUUUUUAAACCGUGACGGUGAAAUACUAACAACCAAAGGAAAAAUUGGUGACUCUCUGCUAGAUGUUGUGAUUGAAAAUAAUCUAGAUAUUGAUGGUUUUGGUGCAUGUGAGGGAACCUUGGCUUGCUCUACCUGCCACCUCAUCUUUGAAAAGCACAUAUACGACAAAUUGGAAGCAAUCACUGAUGAGGAUGACAUGCUUGAUCUGGCGUACGGGCUACAGAACAGAUCUCGAUUGGGCUGCCAAAUCUGUUUGACAAAGUCUAUGGACAAUAUGACUGUUCAAGUACCGGAUGCCAUGUCUGAUGCCAGACAAUCCAUCGAUAUGGGCAAGAACUCCUAAGAUAGAAUAAAUGGGAAUAUUUUCACAAAAUGUUACCUAUUUUUAUAAUUAUUAUUUCUUAAUUAAAUGAGAGCAUGGAUGAAUGAGUUUACUAUGAUGACCUGCUUUACUACUUUAAUUCACCUUGUAUAAUUACUGAAUUUUGUAGUCCGAACGUAUGCAAUCUUUGUUUUGUUUAAAUUAUAAAAAGCAAAUCAAAUAUUAGAAAACAUACGAUAAAACGGCACAUAUUUUACCUUACGUUUGUUUAGCAACUUUAGCAAAAUGUUUUCAUAUAAAUUCUAUGCCUAUUUGCCUAUAAAGUAGGUUUAAAAAGGCACUAUCCCUGUGAGAUGCGGGUGAAGGCAGAGAUCCAAGAGUGAAUUAGAAAAUCUGUACCAGAACCCACAUCCUGUUACUACAAAUUUUACAAAUUUAAUGUUUAGAUUGAAACUGGAGAAAUUAUGAAUAUCUUAUUUAUAGUGGUAAUUAAUGUGAAUGUGAAUGGAAAAAAAACUGUUGCUUCGUUCACUGAUUAAUUUCAAAGACAGUUGUAACCUUAUAAAUAAAUAUUUCAAAAUUUUAUUCAGUGAAAAGUGUAAGUCUGAGCAUAGGCAAUGUAACCCUGUCAAAUAUGUUGGGUCUCAACAUUUUAAGAAGGGCUAGUUUACUGUUGUUUUGUGUUUUGAAAGAAGUUUGGACUAAACUGGAGGAAUGAACAAAAAA